UAUUACUUAAAUUUAAGUCCAACUAAAAACAGGUUUUCGUUGUUGAAAGAUAAUUGGCUGUUAUAGUUAAUUUCAAGUUUAGCAGCUUCUCUGUAAAAUAAAUAAUAUAUUUCUACCAAUGGUGUUAUAAAACAUUUCAUACGGUCUUCUCACUUUCCUGAAAAUAGUGUUUCAAAUACCUACUAGUUUCUGAGAAAUUACCGUUUAUAGGUUAUAUUAGGUAGUCUUGCAAUGACGCGGCUUUCGCCAUGUUUUGCGGUAAAUAUGUAGAGUAGCGGUAUAUGCGGAAAAAAAAAUGCUAAAAAUCGGAAAAUACUUUUAUUCUAUGCUCUUUCACUUCCUCUUUUCAAAUCAACUGGCGGAGGUAAGAAAUUCCAAAUACUUUAGGAGAUAUCGAAUUUUUUAAUUUUGCAAUACAACACCUGUACAACCAUUCCUCCGCCACAAUUUUUGUUAUUUGCCGUGUGUUCGUGAAUGCGUAAAAAAUAAAAUGGUCGAUUAGGUCAGGUCAGUUGAAUUAUUAAUACUUUCAAAUUAAGCGUACAUUAAAAAUAAUAUGAUUUAAUUUCAAUGGUUCUUUAGUUUUAAAGUAUUUAUAAUGUAACUGACCUGACUUAACAAAACCGGACAAAUGAUGAACAUUAACAACUCACGUAAAAAUUUUUUUGUUACUUAUUACUUGCGCAAGAAUAUCCAAAUAAAAAGUAAGACUUUAAAAUUAGAAACGUUAAAAUAUCACCUAAGUUGGAGGCGAGUACAUUUCCUUUGCCAUUAGAAGGAAAUGAUGUAGUCGUUUACACCUACGUCGCAAUACCUCCGACGGAACAUGAAUAAAUAAAUAAAUAAUCACGUAUUGGUUCAUUUGAAUACUGGCCAAUCACGGAACUGUCACGUGAAAAAAUUGUCCAAUAAGAAUCAUAAUAGAUACUCGUAAACAAGAAACAAUGGCCGCAUGAAUACACAGGUAUUGUGAUGAAAAUUAAAAAAUUCGAAAUCUCCUAAAGUAUUUGGAAUUUCUUACCUCCGCCGGUUGAUUUGAAAAGAGGAUGUGAAAGAGCAUAGAAUAAAAGUAUUUUCGGAUUUUGAGAAUUUUUUCACAUAUACCACGACUCUACAUAUUUACAAAUUUAUUCCUUGCUUUAUUAGUGUAGCUGAGAUGGUUUCCCAUAAUAGAUUGGCUAGAUUUUGCCUGCUUUAUUGUUCACUUGAUUCUAGUUGCAAAUUUUCUUCCCCUUCCCCUUCCCCUUCCCCUUCCCCUAAUUUUCCUGAGAACUCUUUGGAAUACAGCGUAGCCGAGGCUGUUUUACAAAAGACAUGUUGGUACGUUACAGUAGUGGCCAAGACUUUUUCCACCCUGAUCUGUUUUCAUUACAAGAGAAUAACAACGUGGAAAACAUCCUGGGCCCUGACCGUAGGUUUAACGUACUGUCAUCAAACAUACAUAUCUAUUUGGAAACAGCCAUGGCUACACUGUAUUCCUAAGGUUGUCCAGACAACCACAGGAACAAGUUGCUGCUAGUAUCAAGUAAACAAUAAUGCUGCAAUAGCAAUCAGGCCAAACUGUUGUGUAAAACAGUCCCGGCUACUGUACGGUAUUGGCCAAGUCACUGCUAGAGCUACCUACUGUAACCUAUAAACGACAAUUUUUCAGAAACUAGUAUGAAUUUUGAAACACACUUUUCAAGGAAAAUAGGGGAAUGUUUUGUAAGUUCCGGAUAGUUAUACUUACCUUUGUGGUGGUUAUUUUGAGAAAGGAGACCAAUUUUUGAUAAAAUUUGCAUACCACACUUUGGCGAUCCUCUGUGAGGGAAGAAGGGUGUGGGAAAACUCCCCUCCCCUUCUUCCCUUGUUCUCUCAAUUAACCACUAGAACUAAAACAUAAAUACUGGAGUGAUAACAAAGAUAAUCUACUGCUUGCAACAUCUGUUCUUUGAAGUCAGUUCAUUGUAAAAAUGUAGCUGCGUUGAGCGAUUUUUGGUAGGGGCAAAACUUCUGGGUUUGCAUCACCGGCAUGCUAGUGACGUGUUAUGCCAGACUGGCGACGUGCAGCGGCCUGUGUACAUUUAUACACAUAUAUACACUAACACAUUGUAUAUACUCGACUGUAUCAUGUGCGUGUUGGACUGUUUUUUGGAUGGGUAAAAUCUUGUGAGUUCGCGUCACCGACAUGCUGUAGCAGCAGUAAGUGAAGUUAAUUUGACCACGUGAAUACAUGACCUAGGUCUGACAUCACUGGUAAUUCAUAGCUAGACGAUGGCUGAAGGUGUGUGUGUUGAGGAGGACCCAGUGAAGCCUGAGCCAUUUGAAACAGUGCUCCUGCCCGUGAAGCAGGAGAUUGAGAGUGAAGACGGGGCUGAUGGAGAGUGGACGGCGGGCGCUGAGACGGCCGAGAGCAGGGUGAAGGUGAAGGAAGAGAUAGACGUCGAAGACUUCCAGGCGAGUGAGCAGCUACAAGAGGCUGCCUCGCUCUCAGUGUGCGUGGGAAGCAGUGACUUGUCAUACAUAAUGGAAGAAAGAACUGUGGAUGAAAAGGACUCUGAACCUGUUUGUUUGGGGGAAAAAUCUCAAGGUCUGAAGCAGAUAUAUAGGAGAACACAUACUGGUGAAAAGCGAUUCUCAUGUUCACAAUGUUCCAAAGAAUACAAACAGAGGAUUCAUUUCAAAACACACCUUAGAACACACACAGUGUGCGUGGAAAGCAGUGACUUGCCGUACGUAAUGGAAGAAAGAACUAAGAUUGAAAAGGACUCGGAACCUGUUCAGUUGGGGGAAAAAACUGAAGGACUGAAGAAAACAUUGAAUCAAAAUAUGUGCCCCAGUGAGUCAGAUAGUUAUAUCAAUGAAACACAACCUUUUAGGAAAUCAUUCUCAUGUUCACAGUGUUCUGCUCAGUUUAAUGUAGAGUAUCAUUUAAUUGUACACCUCAGAACACACACUGGUGAAAAGCCAUUCUCAUGUCCAUUUUGUUCAGCUAAGCUUAGUAGUAAUAGUUAUCUUAAGGUACAUAUGAGAUCACAUACAGGUGAGAAGCCGUUCUCAUGUUCACAAUGUUCCAAAGCAUUCACUCAGAAGAAGAAUUUGAAUGCGCACCUUAGAACACACACAGGUGAGAAGCCAUUCUCAUGUUCAUUUUGCUCAGCUAAGUUUAACAAUAAUGGCUAUCUUAAGGUACAUAUGAGAUCACACACUGGUGAGAAGCCAUUUUCAUGUUCACAAUGUUCUAUUGCGUACACUCAAAAGAAUAAUUUGAAUGCACAUCUCAGAACACACACAGGUGAGAAGCCAUUCUCAUGUUCAUUAUGUUCUUCAAAAUUUACAAAAAAGGACCAUUUGAAUGUACACCUUAGAACACACUCUAGUGAAAAGCCUUUCUCAUGUCCAUUUUGUUCAGUAAAGUUUAGUAGUAAUGGUUACCUGAAGAUACAUAUGAAGUCACAUACUGGUGAGAAGCCAUUCUCAUGUUCACAAUGUUCUGCUGCAUUCAUUCAAAAGAGUCAUUUGAUUACACACCUCAGAAAACACACUGGUGAAAGGCCAUUCUCAUGUUCAAUUUGUUCAGCCACGUUUAGUGUAAAGAAUUCACUUAAUAAUCAUAUAAAAACACAUUAUGGUAGAAAACCAUUUUCAUGUUCCUACUGUUCUGCUCAUUUCAGUACAAAGAAAUCCCUUAGCAGACACAUAAGUUCACACAUUGGUGUAAAGUCAUUCUCAUGUUCUCAAUGUUCUGCUAAAUUCACUCAAAGUAAUAGUUUGGUGGCACAUCUCAGAAUACACACAGGCGAAAAGCCGUUUUCAUGUUCAUAUUGUUCUGCUAGGUUCGGUGUAAAGAAUUCACUUAAUUAUCACAUAAAAACACAUACUGGAGAAAAACUUUUCUCAUGUUUCUUAUGUUCUGCUUAUUUCAAUACAAAGAAUUCACUUAGUAGACACAUGAGUUCACACACUGGUGUAAAGUCAUUCUCGUGUUCUCAUUGUUCUGCUAAAUUCACUCAAAAGAAUAGUUUGAUUUCACAUCUCAGAACACACACAGGGUAAUAGCCAUCCUUAAGUUCCUUAUGUAGUGCUAAUUUCUAUACUACACCUUAUCCCUCACUUAGCAUGACUAAUUCGUUCCUAAAAAUGCUCAUGGUAUUUGAAGUCGCGUUUGCUGAAGCAUUAGUUUCCAUAAAUAGCAAGGCUAAUUGAUUUAAUGUGUUCCGAAAUUGUGUGGGAAAAUUUUCUUUACGUAAUAUAAAUGCGUAGAAUAACACUCAACGAUAAAUAUGUCAACCCAUUAAUCUUUAUAUGCCUCCCAUCGAACUUUGUAUGACAAAUAUGACAACGUGUAACGGGAGAUACGUAAUUGUGUACUUUAUCGUCAGUGGGCUGGCUGACUUGCCCGCCCGGGCAUGACCGUCAACUCACGUCACGUACCUUUCCAAACCAUCCUUUACUGACAAAUAAACAGAUAUUACUGUCCGGAUAAUUACGUUUAAUUUCUCAAAAAUUAAAUGCCUACCGUAUUUUAUUGCAUUGUCGUCUCACAUUUUAUACUAAAAUCAAGUUUGAAAAGUAGGAGUGCGAUUUUUAUUUAACAAAAAAAAAAUUUUUGAUGGGUAAACAAAACCCAUUCAUGGAAAGUACAUUUAUUUAAAAAGUAGAGUAUAAAAAAGCAAGCCUAACAACUUAAAUUAGUAAGUCAUGCAAAAAAAAUCUUACUUAACUUUAAAUAGAAAAAUAAAAUCUGUGACCCGAUUGUGAGCCUAAACUGACACAUAACUAUCGUCGUAGUACACACUCACUUCGAAAGAGUGCAGGCCAUCAGAUGUAGUUAACUCAGCACUCGACAUAGAGCGCGCGUUGCAUGCAAUCGGCGAGAUAUCACUAUCGGUAUUCGAUUACAUGUGCGCACUCUAUACAGGAAGCAACAUAACCAAACAUGAAUGAUGCCAACUAGCGCUGGCUACAUUUUUAUAAGUGGUACACCGUGGCGCCUCAGACUAACAGAUAAAGGUUAUAACGUUUAAAAAGUCUUUAAAAAGAAUUGUGGGCACAGUUGACUUGCAUAAAACUAAAGUGCGACCAACACGACAAUCUGCGCGCUGUAAUACUUCUCUGUAAUACUUCUAGUUUUGUCUCAAAUACUUGAACACUAUACACUAUGAGUGAUCAAGCAUGUAGAGUUACUGGCAGCUGAAUGCUUUUGUUUGAGUGAAUUCCCUGCCACUGGCUAGACUGAGUUCACGGCCCGGUCUGUGGCCGGGCGACAACGGUACGGCACGGCGGCAUACGCGCAGACGUAAAAACAUUUGGUCCUUUACACUCCAUAGCUGCAAUUUAACUUGCCAUAUCUGAUGUUUGUACAACAGCCGAUAGCGUAGUCAGACCUGCACGUGCUUCUCUUCCCCCGUUGUUUGGCUAACUGUAUCCCACGGCACAGCUGUUGUUUACAGAAGUUGAAACAGACUUCGUGGCGUCGUGCCCUACUUUUUUUUAUUUUGCCUGCGCAGAUUUUGCGCUAACUGAAAUUUACAGACGUGCUAUUUAAGACUGGGGCAGUAUAAUUAACAUCGCACUAAAUGAAUUUGCACAAUCUGAAAGCGUUUUAAUUGAGGGAUAGGUGUACAAAGAAUUCACUUAGCAGUCACAUAAGAUCAUACACCUUAGGACACAUACUGGUGAUACACUAUUCUCAUUUCCAUUAUGUUUUGCUAAGUUCACUGACAAGAGUUCACAUAGGAGACAGAUAAGAACACACAACAUUCACUAAUACACAAAAAUUUAUGGUGGAUAAUAAAUAAAUAUGGCUUAGAACUGACACAUUUGUUACAGAAAGUAAUAAAAUAAUUAUCAGAGACAUGGUGCUUUCAUCGAAAGUACUUCACUUGUUAUAGAUGUACUUAACACAACCGAAUGUUUGCUUAGCAAAACAAAAUGUUUCUGUAAUGAUAUUCAAUACACAAUUUUAUUUGGCUCAGUUAUACUAACAGAAGAUUUUUAAUUUAUUUUACAAAUGAAAAAAACAGGCGUGAAGCCAUUGUGAUGUUCACAAUGUAUUAAGAAGUUUCCUUUAAAGGGUAGUUUUUAUACAAACCUCAGAAUAUAACUGGUGAGAAGCCAUUCACAUGUUCUUUAUUUAUUUAUUUAUUUAUUUAUUUAUUUAUUUAUUUAUUUAUGUUCUGUUAAUCAUCUUGGAAGAUGUUCCCUAGUUAUCAUUUAAAAAGAAGAUGCAUGGAUUUAAAGUAUGUAAUAGUCAUGUUGGGUUCAGUGAAAUGGCUCUCUUCAUGUUCACAUUGUUCUGUAUUUUUUGCUGUGAAAUUCAUUUUGAUGAGUUAUUUAAUAAUACUCGGAAUUUAUCAGUGAGAAGCCAUUUACACUUAUUUUAUUUUGUUAUGUUUUGUUUACUUGAAAGAUUUAAUUUAAGAUUUAAUGAUAAUAUAUUAUGAUAAUGCUAUAAUCGUGUUUAAUGUCAUGAUAAAUUUAUUGAAAGUUUUAAUUUAAAAUAUAUAAAAUAUAAAAUUUUGAGACUUCAUUAUUUUUGUUAGGUAUUCCAAACUUUUGUAGCAGUAUUGAUGUCAUUGAGCAUUGGAGAGAAGGCUCAUAGAGUUAACAAUUAUUAUCUGCUGCCCUUCACUUGUAUGCUAGUUAUAUACUUGUAUCUGUAGGAACCUUACUGACGGUAGCCUUUGUUACGCAGGGUUCUCCCCAGAGACAUUUUGUUGAGCAUGAUGUCCAGUUUGUUUUUAUUCUGCCUGACUGAAUAAUUUGGCUGCUAACAUACAGCAUUACUUUACAGGAAAAAAUAUUCUUUUAUUUAAAGGAAAAUACUUGUACAGGUUAAACGGUAUCCAUAAUUUUUGUGACCAUUACAAUAUUUCAGGUACUAAGUUCAUCUUAAAAAUACAAAUUGUAACUUAGCAGACACUCCUCCCAUAUAUUAUAAAUUUGUAUUUUUAAUUUUGUUUUCUAAAUGUCAUUGGUUUGUUACUGCAGCAAAUUAAAAAAUUAAUUAAUUGGGGGGAAAAAAGUAGUCAGAAAACUUUAUCCAGUUCUUAAUAUGGGAUUGACCAGGGUGUUAAUUUUUAUUUUAAGGAUAGGUUAGUUUCAAAAUAAUUGUCAAAAUUUUUAGGUUUGGUUUGGCCAGUUAUAUUAGCGUGUGUGUUGAUUACAGUUGGCCAUUUUCUGAUACUGGAAAAUUCUAUAAUGUAAUAUUUCAAAAUGAAAUAAGAGACAGGGGUGCUAAGCCCUGGUGGCAUAAGUUGUUUUUCAUGUCUCAAAGCAAUGUGUUGUUGGAAAAACCAUUGCGUAGGCACAAGACCGCAGCAAUGUAGUAGAAUGUCUGCUGGGCACAGCCAAUCAGGACGACCUAUGCUGUGAGGUGAUCUGACACUACAGAAUUUCAUGGAUAAACAUUCAUUAUUAAAUGUAGUCAUGUGUAUUGUGAUUGGUCGGUUGGCCCACGGAGUUGCCUCCCUGUGUUUCCACCUUCGUAAAGCAAGGUAGCGGCAUCGUCCAAUCGGUUGUCGCUCGAUCGUCGUACCAGCAGGUCGUGUCAUCGUCAGUUCAAAACAAAACAAGAAGUGAAUCACAAUGCGGGCAACUUCAAAUCUUUGUUCAGUGCAUGCUGCAUUUUUUCUAACUAAAGUUUUAGGUUUCAGUAAUGUGCAUGUAGGCACUUGCCACAUGCAUCGACACCAGCCCGUGGCAACGGUGAUUGCCAUAGUCUCAUGACGCUGCACUUCAGUUGAGAAAUCACCUGAAUGAUUUAAUCAACUUUUUUUUUUUUUCCUUGCAUUUGAAGGGCAAGCAAAACAGUGGAUAUGUUAGGAAAAUUAACUGGACCUGUUAUGCAAGUUGUGAGGUGCGUUUCUGAUUUUGAAAUUAAAAUAAUAAAAUACAGUUCAAAAACUUUUAUUUGAUAAACAGAGAGAAGAAAAACCUUUCUAUUCAUUGAAUAAUUAACCUACCUUUGGUGAAAAAACUAACCUCAAAAAAUGUUCAAAGUCAUUGCAUAUCAACAGGGUCAAAUUUUCAAAUACCUAUCAGGAAUUCAUUACUAUUUUUGGUUGCCUGAUGGGCCAACUUGUAAUGUAACAAAGUAAGGUAGACUCCAAAUGUUUGUGAAAUACAAAUAUUCUCAAUUUAGCAGCAGCUUUACUCAAUGCAGUUUUGCAAACAUAAUUCUGUGCAAAUUCUGAUAACCAUUUUUUGGCAUCAUCAAGAGUUGUUGACUGCUUUAGUACAAUAAAUGUAAUGUGUUUUUGUAAAUGAUUCCUAACAUUAGUAUAAUUGAGUAUCAUAUUUUCUUUGAGUAAAUUGUCACUAUUAUGAGAACACACAUUUUAUUAUUGUAUUAGAUUCAUAGGCUCUGAUUUGCAUGACAAUAAUUUUGAGCAAUCUGAAUUUUUUUUAAAUCUAUAUUAUAUUGGUGAAUAAAACUUGCAGGUUGGAUUGCAAAUAUUAUGUCUGUAGUUACUUGAAUUCAAGGAUAAAUACACGUCACAUAAAAACUAUUUUCAUGAAUAAUCUGGAAAUAACCAGACCAGGAUACUCUUUAUGUCCUUAAUUACAGGUCCAAAACAGAUGUUGGAAAUAAACCCUUUUUAAUGGUACUGUUACACUAAUGACAAAUGGAAGAACAUCAUUCAUUAAAAUAUGUUUUGAACAAUUAUUUGUGAAGGUUAGUUACAGUUUUUCUUACUACAUGCACCAUGUUUAAUGUUUUUUUUUUUCCUACUUCGAAUGUAUUGCCUCUUCCUCCUGGAUAUUCCCUUACUAAGUAGACAUGAUUAUUUGAAUUUAUUGCCAAGGAAAUAUAUUUAAACCUAUGUUUAUAGUGUAUUCAGUAAUAGUAUAAACAUUAGUGGUGGAAUUAGUAUAAGGACAAAAUUAAACAAUUUGUCAUAAAAAAAACCUUAAAGCAUUAAAACAAGAUAUAAUCCUACUUGGGGUAUUUUUUCAGUAUUAGUGUUUUAAAGUGUAUCUGUACAUAUGUGUAAUACAGAGAAGGUCUAUGAUUGAUUCAUGAUUUUAGGGUUCGACACACACUGUAACAUGGCACAAAUCAAGCAAUAAUCAUUCAAAUUUUUUGGGUGGAUUCCAGCUGCUAACUUUGGCUGCCAAGUCAGUUUACUGAGUUUCUGGCAUUUUUAAUUUGCUUAGACUUCAACAUUACUGAUGAUUACCAUUGCAGUAGAGUGUUUUCUAUUAUGCAGCAGUUUCCAUUUCUCUUUUUACAUUUAGUGUUCUGUUAAAACUAUAUUGACUUUGGAUAAUCCGGCUUGGCCGUGGUACCGAAUGUGUUGGAUUAAAGACCUAUCACUACUUUUCAAUUUGACCUUUUUGUCGUGUGCGCUUGAGAAUAUGUUUACAUCACAACUAUUGUAACUAGUUAUUAGUUGUCAUGUUUAUAAGUUGUGUAUUUAAAUAAAAAGUUAUAUUUUUGAA